AUGUCGGGUGCUGUGGGCCGAGAGCCAGUCUUCCCGACUCGUCAGUCGCUGGGAUUGAUGAAGAGCAAACUGAAGGGGGCUGAGAUCGGACAUAGCUUGUUGAAGCGAAAGAGUGAGGCCUUGACAAAGUAUCUGGCAGAAAUCACACGACGCAUAGAUGAGGCCAAGCAGAAGAUGGGGCGGGUCAUGCAGAUUGCAGCCUUCUCUCUUGCCGAAGUGAGCUAUGCCGUGGGCGGAGACAUCGGAUACCAGAUUCAGGAAUCCGCCAAACAGGCCCGCUUCCGUGUGCGAGCCAAGCACGAGAACGUCUCGGGUGUCUUCCUCCCCCAAUUUGAAAGUCAUACCGAAACUACCAUCAACGAUUUUGGCUUGACUGGCCUUGGAAAGGGUGGACAGCAGAUCCAACGCUGCCGGGAGACAUACGCGCGGGCCGUGGAGACCUUGGUGGAGCUGGCUAGUCUACAGACUGCAUUUUUGAUUCUUGAUGAGGUGAUCAAGGUUGUGAACCGAAGAGUUAACGCUAUCAUCACCUCCAGUGAGCACGUCAUUAUUCCCCGAACUGAAAACACCAUCAAAUGUUCGUACUACCAUUCCUCAUCACCAAAUGUUGCACCUUCUGAUCCAAAGACAGACAUCAACUCCGAACUCGAUGAACUCGAUCGAGAGGAGUUCUACCGGCUCAAAAAGGUCUCUGGUAAGAAGCAGAGAGACGUUGCCGAGGCAGACGCCGAGAUCCUCGCAGCCCGUCAGAAGGCAGCGGAGAAGGAGGCAGCGAACGACACUCCAGCUGUUGCGGCUCCAUCUACAGACGAAACCGAGAUACCCGAUGUUCUCGGUGAGCAAGAAGACAACGAUGUCAUCUUCUAG